AGUGCUUGACCUAUGCAUGCACAUCCCCAUUCAGUCGUGUCAACUCCCUAUUCUUACGAUUCCAACACGAUCCAACAAGGUCAAAUACAGAUAGUGGAUACCAAUGUCCUCCAUUCAGACUCAGAGCCUUUCAUGGCUGGCCUGAGCGCUGAAGUGUCCAAUUCAGACUCUCAGCUAAUCUACUCAGAUCCAUCCGCAUCCGGCCCUCCACAGCUGACAGACGAACACUACUUGCAUGAUGGUUCCACGGACAAUAUCAUGUAUCAGCAAACCGCGAAUCCGUUGGUCAUGCCUCAGGGUUCGCCACAACAGGAUAUGGAUAUUGAGCCCAUUGAUUUGGAAGAGGUCCAGAAAAUCCAAGCCCGAAUGCCAGCCGCCGACCCCAGCGCCCCUGUAGGUUCGAAUAAAAAUCCAAUCCGCAUCAUUCAACAAGGCAAUCAAUACAUUACAACACAGGACGUGUCGGAUGAACAUUUGCAGCAAAUUAUCCAGGUUCUGACCAACCAAGCUCUGAUUUCCAGCAGCAGCUCCCGACCGAGUGCGAUUUACAAUCGUCUCACAAAUCGGCGUAUCAUUUUCCGGGUGACAAAAGCUAAACGGCGCCACGACGACAACGAUGCCAGUAGCGGCGGCGGUGGUGGCGCUACUGCUCCUGGGGUUUUCGGUCCCGAUCGCUCUCGGGCUGGCAUCGGUAAGCCUAAACAGAGAAACACAGCAAAGGGUGGCAGCCGAAAGCGUCGGAAACGAGGGUCAGAUGAGGAGGACCCUGAUUUCGAACCGGAAGUUCCCGAGGAAGAAAUCCUUCCAUUCCCUCUUGCGCGACGAACAUCCACAUCUGGGCGAAUCUCGAAGCCACCUAAACAUCUGGUCAAGGACUAUAAGCAUCUGCGCCUGGAGGACUUAACCAGCAAACCAGAGUCUGAUGGAGAGGAUUACCACUCAGAUGGUGGCUACUCUGAUUAUAUCAAUUCCGGCGCCGGGUCUUCAGAUGAGGAUAAAGGUGGCCCGUAUCCAUGUUCUGCUUGCACCAAAAUAUUCAAUUCGCGGGCGGGUCUCACUCGACAUCGGACGGUCGCUCAUGGCUCGAAUCAAGGCAAGCCCCGUACAGUCAAUCCGUAUGUGGCAGCAAUGAGACGCCGAACGAAGCUAAGAGAGGCAGUGUCUCAAGCGACUGAUGACGAGCUCAUCGAAUUUGCUGCUCCUCGGCUUUCCAAGUUGCUCGAUCCUUGGGACCAUCUGCUAUUGCGAAGUGUAGAUGGAAACCCAUUGUCCCCUCAGCUUCCCCGUGUGGUACUGGACUAUUUGAGUCUAGUUGAGCGAGCGCGCGCAUUCCUUGUUGCCCAUUUGGAUCUCUGGACACCAAACGUGGCCGAAAGCCGUCCACGAGAAUGCGAACAAGCGUCAAACGAUCAAGAACAAGAGCAGACGUUAGAACCAGAAGAGCAACGACAACAACGAAACGGAGGUCUGGCAUUGGAACGACACCAGCAGGAAACUGUCGAGCAGACGGCUGUCGUCUGCCCACUACCGUCUGAAACGACCGAAAACCACGAAGGUGGCACGCUGGACGAAGUUUUACCUCAAGAAAGUACCGCUGACGAGGUUGCCAUCAUUCCGGAACUUGUUGAUGGGGUGGCAGAAAAUCCUUCGGAAGUUGAACCUACCACCGUGCCUACGAAACCUUCAGCCCAGUCGGAAGCGGAAGGGGCCGUGCCUGAUGGGCCUACUCAAAAUGGUCGUCCCGAUAGUCCGAACGAAAAUAGUUUGGAUGAAUCAAGACGCGUGCUGGAGCGAAACGAGGAAGAAGAGGACGAGGACGAAGAUGUUGAUGAUGGACAAGCAAUAAUUGUCAAGAUUGAUACGGAGGAACAGUCCAACAUCCUCGGUCUUCCUUGUGGGAAGUAUGUUGUCAAAGAUCCACUGUGUGAAGACUACCUUUCAAGGCGCUUCCGCUCCAUAUUAGCCGCUCAGCGAGCCGCCGCUAUGUCUGCAGUAGAGGCCGAAGAAGAAAAAUCAGAACAGCCCGAAGAUCGCCCAACGGUUUCUGUGGAGGCCGCAGAUGAUACUGAAGUGGAUGCAACUCUUCGUGAAGACAUCCAGCCCGCCAUAGAAAGUGAGGAGGCCUACCAGACCAACGUGAAUACGACAAAUGACGAAGAACCUCAAGGCGUGGUAGCAUUGGGCGACGAACUAGUCUUGGUACCCGAAGGUGGAUUAGGUGGCCCAGUGCCAGAAGAAUGGCUGACCAGUGGAGCCUUCCUCGCCGUUCUUACAGAGGCGGGAGAACUAUGUGACCUUGUGAUGGAGGCCGCUACUGGGCGUUUGUUCCAUCGGCCCACGGGACAUCUGGUCAGUUUAGCGGAUGGUAGCGCUGUCAGUACACAACAAGAACCGGAAGUGCAAGCAGUCGCAACACUGCCAGACUACGGUGCCUAUGAGGACGAACAACCAAGCGCCACUGCCAUUCCCCAACGAUCUGUGGCGCAGGACACUCGGCCUGCUGCGAAGGUUCCCAGUCCCCCGAAACCAAAGGGACGAUCGAAAGCGAAACAAACGCUUCAAGAACAACGUGAUCCUGGGGAGUUUGAUACCGCAGCUUCGGAGCAAGAACAACUUCUACAGCGCCUGGCGGAGACCGGUGAAGUAAUAGACCUCAAUACAUUGUUUCCGGGGGUUUCUGUGACUGAAGUCUCCCCGGGAGUUUGUCUUGUGACCAAGCCCAACGGUGACCGAUUUAACGUCGAACACGGCGGUGAAGGGAUCACACUGGAAACUUUACAAACUAUCCUCCAAAUGGAUGCGUGAGGCCCAAUACAUUCAGUUUCUUGGGCCUGUAACACUUGUGCAAUUGUUCUCUCCUUUAAACCAUCUCUGGUACUUAACCGUCACACCUCAUGUACAUAGUCCGCUGUCUGGAGGCAUUGGCUUCUCUUGAAGGUCACGUCGUUACCAAACGCUCCAGAGUGCUUAUGCUCAAUAAGGUGGCUUCCUCAACUUCGCUUCGACCCCAUCUGAGCUGGUUGGAACCAGGAAUCCUGUACAAAAGAUUCUUCCUGUUGAUCCUCUCUUUCACAACUCUGGUACCUGAUUGAGCAACAUCUUUUUUUUGUAAUAAUUCCAGAUAGCGUUGUAUAUUCGUGUGUUUUCUACAUUACCCAAUCAUCACCCGAG